AUGUCGGGGGUGGACCAGAAGAGGCCUACAGAGAGUGGAGAGAGAUGCAAAAGAACUACAAAGAAGGCUCAGAAGAAGAGAUCUCUAUCGAAGUCUCUUAGUAACUGCAGCUGCGCAGAACUGCUUGGGACCCAGCUACCAGGCCGCAGCCUUGCAGCUUUUGCAGAUUCCCAUGUCUCUGCCCCCAGGACAAUCCUUCCAUUCUUCCCUAAGCUCUCCCUUCCCCUGGCAUGUGCCGCUGGGUCUGUCGCGGGACCGAACCCCACCCGCAAUAAAUGGCGCUCUGAACGUGGAGCUCGAACUCAUCUUUCUUACAUUAAGAGAGAUCUCAGCUCCCGUGAGCUACUGAUAGACUUGGAUUUCCGGAGUCCGGUCUAUCCCAAAGAUCCCACUCACAGAAGCUACCAGGGGGCUUUGCCCACUCAGUUUUCAGCCGCUGUUACUGCGAGAAACCAGCUGCGUGAGACCCCGGUGCUGGGACAACCCGCGCCGAGCGAGAGGAACCGGGACCGCGCGCCGCCGCCACCCGAGCAGCGCAGCUGCCCCUCCCUGCCGCCCGGGCAGCCGCUGCUUCGGACGGCACCGCCACGCCGAGCCGCCGCGGAGUCGCGCCGCGCCGGGAACCAGCGCCAAGCCCCCUCCGCGCCGGGACCCCAGCAGUGCCUCAGCGGAACCGCCCAGGUUCCCGCGAUCCCCCCGCCGCCGCACACGCCGCUGGGAAUCGUAGUCGCAGCCCGCUCCAGCGUCAGACUGCGUUUGGAGGACCGCCUCGCUGAAGAUAGCCUCUUUUCCAGUCUUGCAAAACAGAGAAGGGGGAAAUGUCGGGGGUGGACCAGAAGAGGCCUACAGAGAGUGGAGAGAGAUGCAAAAGAACUACAAAGAAGGCUCAGAAGAAGAGAUCUCUAUCGAAGUCUCCUAGUAACUGCAGCUGCGCAGAACUGCUUGGGACCCAGCUACCAGGCCGCAGCCUUGCAGCUUUUGCAGAUUCCCAUGUCUCUGCCCCCAGGACAAUCCUUCCGUUCUUCCCUAAGCUCUCCCUUCCCCUGGCGUGACCAGACAUAUUCUAUGCAGCCUAUCCCUCCAAGUUCACUUAUCACUGGCUCUUGGGAUUCGAGGUUCCCCAGCAAGAAACCCCCCUCUAUUCCUGAACCUUCUGUAUCCCCCUGUAUAUAAACUGUCUUCUUGCUUUAAUAAACGCCAUUUUGUGGGUCACA